CGGCGGCGCUCAGUCUCGUCGGAACGGUCAGUGAGGUAGGAGGUUUUGUUCCCGUAAUAUUAGAGUGUCGCGUGCCGGCCGCACUGCGGCCGUGCCUCUUGCUCUUCUCGAACGGUCCAUACAACACGUCUCAAAUAAGAAGUGACGCGCAUCUUUUCACGCGUUUUAAUUUCUCCAACGUGGAAUCGUCGAGUAACCGUUCGAUUCACGGAGAAGUUGAUCGAGAUCGGCGGAUUUCGGUACUUUCGAAGCGUAAGAAGAGAUCGUAACUGAUGGAGGAUGACGUUCGAUGGAAAGCAAGAUCUGUUGGGUCGCAUCGUCGAGGAAUGGACAAGGUGCGAGGAGAACAAGCAACGCGUCGGCCUUGCACGCUAAUCGGACGAACGGCGGCAGGCUAGAAAUUGGCGAGAACAGGAAACGUUCGCGAGCUUCCGGAAACUUUGUUCGGCUCGAUCGCUCUAGGCUGGCUUGCUCGCGAAAUGGAUCGAUUCUCGUCAUCGCCGUCGAUGACGUCGUCAGCGUCGUCGCCGUCAGCGCCGAUGUCACCACCGCCGUGAUCGAACGCGAGUCGAAUUCGACGAUCCCGCAACAGACCUGCAAUCUCCAACACGGCGGGAGGACAGCUGAUCUUUGAACGAAGCCUCGCUCACCGUUGGCCGAUCACCGUCGCGCAUCAUGUUUGGAACGAAACUGCGCACAUGGAUGGAAGCACAUAUCGUGCGAUCGAAAAAGAAAAAGGACCGAAAGGGCAAGGGGGAAAAGGGUUUCGACUCCAAUUCCAAUUCUCCUCGAAACGGGUCUCACAGGUCUCCCGCGUUGCACCAAGUUCAUCCGGUAGAUUCGCCGUCGAGGAACGUGGACGAAAUUCGAUUGCACGGAGAGGAUGGUAAUCGGUGCGGUACCGUGACCGCGUCCUCUGGUACGUCCGCGGGCACCGGUAGCGUCAACCUCUCUUCUCCGGAAAGCGCCUACAGUACCGGAUACUCGACGGACGGUACCUCACCCGGGACCAGUUAUCCGCCGGAAUAUUACAUCAACAUCAGGACCGGAACCCAUUACUUUCAGAGUAACGCGAACGUCAAUGCCGGCACAGCCACAGGCAACUACAGUAACAACAACAACAACAACAACAACAACAACAACAACAGUAGCAGCAAGAACAAUAACAAUAAUAACAACGGCAGACCGAAGAAACCGAGCGAUUCGUCGGAUUUGCCGGUCGCCUCCGCUUCUUUGCUCUCAGGACGCAGCAGACAUGGAAGGUUCGAGGGCAACGUCGAACCUUCCGUUUCUGGCUGUGUCACGAUGUUCUCCGCGGCAACCACGACGAUGGACAAGUUGGGGAAAGACGUGGUUCGAUCCAACGAGUACGGGAGGACGAGUAAGAUCGGCGAUCGUCUUCCGCAAGAGGAUCUAUCGGUACAACGAUCGGCGCUACCGAAGGAGAGGCGGACCGAGGAAUCCUUCUCAGCGGAAUCUUCGAGGAGCAAUUUGACCGAGCCACCGCCGCCUUCCUCCAUACCGCCGCCAUUGCUCUCACCGACCGUUCAAUCGCCGCGCGAACGCUCGCGAAUCCGGACGAAUCCGUGGCUGUCGGCCAACUCUUCCGGCUCGAGUACCACCACCACCGGCUUCAAAUCGAGGUUGAAUAUCGACGAUACCAGCAGCGGUUCUGGCCUGAAGCUCACGGAGUCGUCUGGAAGCGCGAGUGACGUAAACGCGAGCAGCGCGCGAGUAGGACGAGCCAGAAGAGAAUCGAAACAGGAGAGUCUCAGCGCCGGAAGGAGUCCGAUAAAUCAAAAUUGGAGAAUAGCAUCUGGCAUGGAGAUUCGGCCAAAGAUAGCUUUAUCCGUGCAAAGACGCAACAGCAGCAGUAGCAGCACCAGUAGCGGCAGUAGCACUAACAGCAGCAGCAGCAGCAGCAGCAGCGACGGCGGUAGCAACGUAAGCAGCGUUGCCGGUAGCAACGGCACCGGCGGUAGUAGCAGCAACGACAACGAGGACGGAAAUAGGAACGGGAAUGAGAAGGAAAAUGGAAACGGAAACGGUAAUAGAAAAGGUUCGUCCGCGUCGUCGAUCACGCGAAGCGCCAGGUCAUCCGAAGACGAUAUCACCUUGAACGAGAUGAUGGGCAAAUUCGACGAAAGUUACGUUUACGAGAAGGAGACGGACAUUUUGUCGGACAGCGAUCCGACCGAUUGCGAGGACUACAUCGAAUCUCUGUCUGAUCUGGACGCCGUUAGAGACGGUGCCGAUGAAAACGAUCCUCUCGGCAACGAUGACUUCGACUAUAUCGACAACGGUUCGUUCCUCGAUCUCGACAAUCUCGAUUGCACCGGACGUUUCACCAACACCGGACACUGUACUUAUUUCGCGUUCGCCGGCGAACUCGCUCGACGGAGCAGCAGACUGCGUGAGUCGUUGAUGAAGCGAAGGAACAGGGACGACGCGGCGACGGCGGCCGCGGCCGCGAUGCUUCAGAGAACGAUCAGCGCGAAGAAUACCGCGAAGAAGCAAACAGCGCGACACAAGAAGCAACCAACGGACGAGAAGCAGCAGCAGUCGAGCGAAAAACGGAAAAAGAGAUGCUCGCAGCGCAGGAAACCGAAUUUCGACAAACGCGAUCCGAAUACCAGCGUAAUAGGAGGAGUCGUUGGUCGCAAUAACGACCGUAACGGCGACGACGACGACGACAACAACGACGAUGACGAAGAAACGGCGGCGAACUUGAACCGCGUGCUGGUCGAGAGAAUGCUGCUUAAAAACUCGGGCUUCAAUCAGGGUAGUAGAAGCGUCGGUGGUACACCGAUUUGUUUGCGUCGCAAGAAACAAAAUUGCGACGUGAACAAAAAUUUGUCACCGCUCCGAUCGACCGACGAACGAUCGUCUGCCGGCGGCCGGCUCGUCACCGGUGAUCUCGAUGUCGUCAAGAGACGUUCCAAUUCGGUGAGCUACGUGAACGGAAACCUCGUCAGGCGGCGGCUAACUACCACCGACAACAACACCUAUAUGGCAACGUUCGCCUCCGAGAUCGCUCUGAUCGAGGCCGAUAAGGAAGCGGACAAAAAGUAUCGAGAAUUGAUCCUCGAGGCAGAGAACAUUCUGGUGAACAUGCAAAAGAAUCAGACCAGCCUACCCAUCGUACCAUCGCCCUCCCGAAAGUUUCACAACGGACUGACGAACAAACGGGUCGAACUCAUCAAAAAUACAGAACUGAAUAUCGAACUUGCCCUCUCCAAGAGUAGAAACUCGCAGCCGGAAUUGCAGAGUGGCAGCAUCAGGGAUCUCGAGCAUACCAGUCCCAAGAGGCAGCAGUUCGUUCAACCAUGUUCCCCGAUGCGACGAUUCGUCGAGCGAAACGUUUCCCCACCGGUGCCCGGUGCCACGGCAGCCACGUGCCAAUCGACCUCGAUCAAAUGCACCAUCGACUCCCCUCUCGUUUCGAGAAGAAAGGCGACGGCGACGAUGAGCCAACGGCAGUCACCCGAUAAAAGUAUGCUUCGUUGCUUUCGGCCGAGAGUUUACGAGAAUCAGGAUCCCGACGACUACGAUGGACGGCGAGUGAACACGAUGAUGGCGUCCACGACCGAUUCACCAUCGACGGUGACAAUGUUCAAUUGCAACGGUAUCGUCGGUUCGGAUCAGUGCGCCACGCGCUCUCGAACUUGCCCUUACCUCGUCGACAGGCCUCGCUGCGCCUUUUUAUCGCACACAGAUUCUUUCCCCGGAAUAAGUCGAAGAGAACUUCGCACCUCGAGAUCGUCGCUCAACGCCGUAACCAAGGAGGAGGGAGUAACGUCGAGUUCCUCGGACUCGGAGGACAGAUGCGACGUCAGGAGGCGAGCACCUCUAAUGACUUUCAGGUCAGUCGAUAUGGGUCCCAUAAAAGAAGGAUCCUCCUAUUGCCCGCAAAGCGAGCCGGUCAAAAGGAAAGUGUACGCAGGCAGUGCUACCUAUGGCAGGAUACAAAAAACUUUAGGGGAGCACGUCACGUUGAGAAAUUCGGACGGGGAUACCGCCACCGACGAUACCGAUGAUUCGAGGAGAUCUCUGAAAGAGAAAGUGGCUAGGCUUCGACAAGAACGGUUGGCCGCAAACGCGUCCGUAAACGCUCAGGAUUCGCAGAUCUUCCAGCAUCAAUUGUCCCGACUGCGAAGGCAAAUGCUGAUGCAAACGAUCGAGGGCCUGAAGCGAAGUCUCGAGGAUCAGUCCGCGACUUUGAAGCAGACGUGUUUGGAACCGGUAAUGACCGAUCGAUUGCCCUGAACCGAUCGCGAAAUCGAAAAGAAUCGACAUCUCCUCGUAAAAUUGGCUCGCGAUCGGCGAAUCCGGCCGGUCGUGUCGCUGUGGAACAAUCACGACGACGACAACAACGACGACGGCGACGACGAUUCGCGCAUCGAAGAUCAUCGAGCGACGAUCCGCGACCAACAACUUAGGCGCGGCGCACGGUUACGCUCUUCUUCGUGUAACGUUCUGCCGAAUUAUAACAUGUGAUGCCCACGAAACGCGUCGAGUCACCGUGAAACGACGAUGAUCGACGCGAACUAGCCGAAUUUCUAUCUAUCUAUUCGUUUAGAAGGGAAUCGAUCUAUUUUUCUGCCUGUUUAUACACGGUAAGGGAGUCAAAAUUAAGAAUAUGAAAUAUUUUCUGGGCAUUGUUCUCGCGUUUUUUGCUCGACGUGUUAAAAAUGAUUACGCCGCCGCGACUGUACGUGAUCCCUUCGAGUCGUUUCAGGAAGAAUCGCAUCCAGUGGAACAAAACCGAGAAACGUCUUUUUCAAUUUGCCGUUCUUACGAUCAAUUUGCUCUUAUCGCGAUUCGUUUUCUUUGUCUUUUAUUUUUUCUUUUUUUUUUUUUCAAUUUGUCUUUUAACUUAACGAUCACAAACGAUUCGCGUACUUUCACGGGCCUAUUCGUAGAUUAAUUCUCGCGUCGACAGCAUCCACCGGUAUCCCAAUUUUCUCGUACAUAUACAUAUAUUAAACUCGUAAUGUUCCUAUUUCUACUUCAUACUUGCUACUUCCGAAGAUAAACUGUCAAAGUCACAACGGACUAGGAGCAAAGUUGUCGUCGAUUCCGUCGGUCGGUCGGAACAAACAUUUCCCGUUAGUAUACCAAAGAUAAUAAUCUAGCACGGUAGUAUAGAAUCGUUUAGUUGAUAAUAGCAUCAUAUGCUAUAUAGACGUUCAUAAUAUUAGAAAGCUACUACUAGAACGUUUUCUUCUGAGUUUCGUAGAAAAAUGAUAUUGAUUCGCGUGGAGAAAUCGUCGAGAGAUCUUCCAAGAUCGUCAGAAUCGAAUUCUUACCGUCGACGAUCAGUUCGAUUCGUUGCAUAAAAUAUAAUUCUGUUUCGCUGGUUCGGCGCCGAUGAUAUUCAACUCUGACGGUCUAAUAGACGAAAAAUACUUUCAGUCACGGUGAUAUUUUUGUGAGAAUAGACUGAUAGCGUUAUCGACAUAUUAUAUCUUUAGACUUAAGCGUUCGAUGACAAUUAUUUCUUUGUGAUUUACAUAUACGUUUCGAGUUCUCUCUCUCUCGGUAAGAGACGACAGUUCGUAAUACGCGCACAAUAUUUAUGUUUGUGUUAGAUGUGCUAGAGACCAUAGUAAAAGAUGUUAGAGAACAAUAGUGGUAGCGAAUACUAGUACGCUAGCUAGUUAGCCAGUUAUCGACUAUACAAUGUCGUAAUAUCGUUUUUUUUUUUUUUUUUUUUUUUUUUUUUUUUUUUUUUUUUUUUUUUUUUUUUUUUUUUUUUUUGAUCCUCUCUUGUGAUUUAUUUUGCCCGUUUCGUUGGGCACUGUGAUUGCAACUUUCUUAGCCAGUUUUAAAGUUAACGCCGUAACACGUGAAAUACCUAUUAAUUUCACAGUGAAUCACGGUUGGCUCAGGUCAAUUCAUUCGCAACUUUUAUACCCGAUACGUGUGUAUCUAUACACUUGUAUACAUAUACACACAUAUAUGUAUAUAUGUUUAAUUUUUCGUUCGAGAAGAUUUAAUUUCUACUUUAUUUUUACUUUAUACAAGUAAACGAAUAUUGUUAUCAUCAUUGCCAUCAUCAACAUCGUCAUCAUCGUUAUUAUCAUCAUUGCCAUCAUCAACAUCGUCAUCGUUAUUAUCAUCAUUGCCAUUAUUAUUAUGACUAUAAUUUUCUUACGCGGAGAAGCUCGUUCCGGUCUGAAUUAGCGUAAACGUGAUAUGUCAAGUAUAUGCUGAUACGUUACUACGAAAAUUUCCUAACUGAAUAUUGUUGUUUAGUAUGACAACUUUAUAUUACUAUUAUCACCAUCAUCGUCAUCGUCAUUCGUCAUUAUCGUUACUAUUACUAGUACUAUUAUUAUUGUUUAGCAGUAUCAUCGUCAUCGUCUUUAUGGUUUUCAUUACCUUAACUAAUUAAGUAGACCGAAACAUUCCGAAGGUAAGUACGCACUAAAGAACGAGUUCUAAUCGCAUAGCUGACUAGUCUUGUUCAAACUCUUCUAUGGCUUGUUGAUUGGUUAACGAAUAAAAUUUUCAACCUCCCCCCUGCUAACGCGCAAUGCUAGUCACCCGGUUAUUCAGGUGCAGGGUAUAAUCGGCAAUUUUCAAUCAACUUGGAAGAGUUAUAAAAUUAUUGUUGCAAAUUUCCUCUGUACUAAACCAUUUACGAGGUUAAAUGGUCUUUUUUUAUAUGAUUAUGAAUAAAUUAUAUUACGUCGUUGGAAA